UCUUGUCAUUUGACUGUCUGCUGCUGUGACAUUGCGAUCAGCUCCGGAUGACUUUUGAGUUCAACGCCGAGCAAUUUCUUCCGUUUCUAGAACGCUCUUUCUCAUUGUUAUUCACUCUUUUGAAAGAGACUGAAGAAUGUGAAACCAAAAUGAAUGUGUUAAAUGUGAUGUCGCUUCUCAUCGAAUUACUGGGGAACCAAAUGAAGCCUUUUCUCGGUACGUUGCUGCAACUCCUUCCCGCUUUAUGGGAUGCUUCUGAGGAGCACAAUCUUCUACGGUGCGCUAUUAUUAGCACCCUCGUUCAUGUUGUUAAGGGAGUAGGAGGUAAUAGUGAAGAUCUGCUUCAUUGUCUGCUACCAGUUGUUUUCCUUAUUGUUUAGAACUAGGAUCUGAAAAUCUCAUUAUAUGCUGUGAUAUUCUUAUAAUCGUAAUUUUUCACUAGUAGAUGGAACAGGGAUUCCUUAACCUUAUUUCCUAGAUGGGGAAUUUAUUUUAGCGAUGCGGUCGUUUUCCAUGUGUUUCUAUAUGGAAUUUAAUGUCAGAAUAUGUUUCUUUGUGUCUCCCAUUAGUCUAAUAUGGAGUUUA